AAAACAUUUAUGACUUCUAAAAUUGAAAAGUAACCAGAUUAUGGUAUUUCAUAAACAUUUAUAAAAUUCUAUUUUCUUCCAUAAAUCUCUUUCCCUUGUUUGGCCUUGAGGAAACCGUCUGCAAGGGUGAAGAAACGCCAUGAUCGCACUUCACAUUUUAGAGAGAUCGAGAUGAGAAACCAAGUGAAUAGAGAAAAAUUAGAUCGGCUAUGGGAGAUUCACGUAACUUGAACGGUGGUUUGGACGGAAGUAUAUGUCCGUCUCAUUUAUUCUACUUGUGGCACACUGAUAAUGGGUUUGGAUUACUUAUGUAAAAUUAUUUUUGUUUAAUUAAUGAAAGUAUGAAUUAUUCCUCAAACUUUAUCCCUAGGAUUUGAAAUUAUCGUCGCAACAAACCUGAGAUAUUCCUUCUCUUCUAUCUCCGCAUCGUCUUCUUCCAUUUCCUUCAAAUCUUAAUGGCUCUCUAAUUUCUCCGUACUUUUGAAUUCAUAUGCAUCUAUCCUACCUAGGAGAUACACGACGGGGAGAUUUCUACGAUUAUACACCUACUUUUAAAUUGCAUCUUCCUUUAAUCGUUUUCAAUCUUCGAUCGACCGAUUGGAAAGUCGACACCUCUUAGAACUUACUGGAAUUAACAUAAUGGAUCAACCGUCGUUGCUGAGAGUUAGCUUUUUGUGUGUUAGAUCGAUCACUACAUAGAGUUCUGUAUUUAAGAAGAUGAAAUUGAACUCUCUUCGGGUAAUUUAUUUUCAUUAAGUAAAUUUUACUUUGAUGUUUUUCGUUUUAAAUGCUUUUGUGCAAUAUUUGCUAUGAGUUUUCUUGCACGAGUUCGGUUUUUUUUUUCUUUUUGUCUAUUUUAAACACUUUGGAGUCUAUGUGAAUUACAAUUUUUGUUGCAUAAUUUUAUUAGUUUCUGUAUGAGUUAUAAUUUUUAUUAUCUGUACUUUCAUUGUUUUUGAUAAUUUGUAAAUCUUGUUCCCCUGUUUUUGGUGAAGAAUCUGUCUAGGUAGCCUCCAGCCCCCCCCUUUGAUUGUUGCUAUUCCUUUAGUGAAAGCCAGGUUGUUUUGUCUUCUGUUAUAACUGAUUGUGAUGUUUCCCAAUGCACAACCCAAAGUGUGCAGAAAGCCAGGUUGUUUGUGCACUCUACUGAUGCACCUAUAGUAACGGAUUCUAUUGCAGAAAGUCAGGUUGUAACUCAAAGCUAGGUUGUUUCAGCCCCUACAGUAACUGCUUCCAUUUUGCACUGUACUGAUAACCAACCUGGUGCCCCUGUUGGUAGUGAUAAACAAGAGCACAACAAGGUUUCUCAUGUAGAAAUUGAUGCUAUUAACUUGGAAUGUGUAGAGUUUGUUGUACAAACUCUAGUCCCCUCCCUUACUAACCCCCUGGUUGAUACACCCCCUUCUGAUAUGCCUGCAAUUGGCUUUGGUACUCACAUCGCCACAUUGGAAACUAGUUUUACACGAACUAAUCAUUUUGUCCCUGAAAUUGUUGUCAAUACUAGUGUCCCUACAAAUUGUGUUGCAUUACACAUUGUUCAUGGAGAUUUUACUGUCCCAGUCCCUUAUGAUUGUGAUUUAGAAGCAAGUCCAGGCCGCCUGACCAUUCAAACUGCAAUUGACUCUGAUGGACCCCCGGUGACUGCCUCUAAAACGGCAGUGACCGCUGGUGUAGUCGAUCAGAUUGUUAUGGUGCCCACCGAUGCUCACAUUAUUGAAGCAAAUGCUGCUCCCUGAGAACACACCACACCAAACAGAGAUGAUGACUUUAAUUCUGAUCCACCGGAACUUGAUACUACACUAACCACAAACUUGUCCAAUGAUGAUGCUCUAUCUGAGGACCACCAUGUUUUUCAUAAUUUAUCAUAUUGAGCCUAUGUGUUCGGUCAGAUUAGGUGGUUAUUUUAGUUGUAAUUCUACCGUGUUUUACUUUUAUUUCUAAUGCAAAUGAUCACCUAUGAGGUUUGAUUAAAAGUUAGGUCUUUUGAGUUAAUAGUUAUAGUAAUUUGAGUAAAAGUUGUGCCUUGAUAGUGAAUCUUAAUGUGUAAACAAUAAUCUUAAGUUUUAGUUAAAAGUUCAUCUAAUAUUAAAAAUAGCACUCAUUCUUUUAC